AUGCGCGGAUGCCAGGGGCUCGGCGCCGCGGCCCUGCUGGCCGCCGGCGCGCUGGCGAACACCGAGAUGGUGCGGGUGGAUCCGUCGCUAUGUGCGCCCGAGACGAAUGAGCUUGUGCGACAAGGGCCAUGGCCGGUCAUGCAGGCGCGUUCUGAGCCGCGCCGAUUCGAGCUACGUCGCGACGAGCAGGGCAUGUGGGUAGCACUGCACAUGCCCGCACCCGGCUCGUACCAACUGCGGCUAUCUGCGCCAGCGCCUGUGGCGGCUUCGUAUUCGCUAGAGAUACACGCGCCCGAUGAGGUGCUGACACACACAGCGCGCGGCACAGCCCCCUGUGCCUUUGCGCUGGCACGCGUCGAGGCCCAAGCGCAGGGCGUGCCUAUACCGCCCGCCACCGACGCCCAUGCGGACGAGCGAGGAACGCACGUCGCAGGCGAGGAGCGCGCGUCCAUACCCAUCGACCUCGUAUUCGAGCGGCUUUACCUUGGCUUCCUGCCCGCGACGGCGCUCCACAUGAUCGUCGUCAUGGUGCUAGUCGUCGUGCCGACCGUCUCGCUCGUCCUGCGUCCGAUGCAGCGCGUGUGUGGAGGUGUGCCGCGCUCAUAG